AUGACGUCAUCAGGAACUUCCAAUGCUUUCAGGACUCUGAUGUGCCAAUCAAUGGGUGCCGCACAGAGUGCCGACCAAGAAGCACGUCCCGAAGUUGUACGCAUCGAUCGGAGCGAAAUUCCAGAGGAAUACAAAACUGUCGGCGUGUCAUCAGAUGUCGUGAAACGUGUCAAUGCUACCAGAGUCGCCGGAAACGACGGUGAAAGUGAUCGUCUUAGGCAAGAAUUGGCUCGUGAGCGUGAAGAAAAAGCCAGAUUAAGGGAGGAUAUGGCAAAGUUGAGCCAGUUGCAACAGAGGAAAUCCGCCGGCGUUUCUGCCCCACAAGUUGCACUUUCCGGAAAUGAUUUAGAAGAUAGAAAGAAGAUUUUUGAUGAAACUGUCGAACGAGUUCAGAAACAAUUCUUCGCUUAUCAUCGUGAGAAUGUGUGCCAAGACAAUGAAACAGAAAUCGUGAGAUGUCUUCAGGAGAACCCAGGACGUGUUUUGAAGUGUGCACCACUUACUGAGGCGUUCGAAAAAUGUGUUGGCGACUUCAGGCAACAAGUGCUCAAAGGGAAUUGA